AUGUCAACUAAACAUACUUGUAGAUCAAUUUCUAACCUUUUCUCUGAGUUAAAAUCAAUCUGGCAAGAGUUUGAUUAUAGAAAACCUAUUACCUUUACACAACCAGAGGUGAUCAAGAAACGAAAGGAAGAAAUUGAUGAAGAAAGAGUAUAUGUAUUUCUUGUUGCGCUUGAUGAUACUUAUGAUUCAGUUCGAGGAGAAAUACUUCGUACUGAUCCAUUACCCAAGCUAGAAGCUGCAUUUACUAUACUGAGGCGAGAAGAACAAAGAUGCAAUUGGUGGGAUGAUUACCAAAAGCGUAUAAAGGCUGGGAAAGGGAAAGUUAAGGGUAAGGUAGCUACCUGUACAACUGUUAUUCCUACAACAACAACAACAACAGAGUCUGAACGACUUAAUAUUUUUCUUACAUCUCUUGAUGAUAAUUCUAAAAAGGAUAAUGGUUGGAUUUUUGAUUCUGGUGCUACUAAUCAUAUGACCUUUGAUAUGUCUAUAUUAAGGGACAAAACUAUUUCAACUUGUUCUGGUGUUACAAAUGCUAAUGGUAUAACAUAUCAUAUUACUAGAGAAGGAAGAGUUGAUCUAACAAACUCUUUACCUCUAAAACAUACCUUAUUAAUUCUUUCUCUUUCAAAUAAUCUCAUGUCAGUAUCUCAAGAUCUCAGCAGUGGGGAAACAAUUGGCAGGGGUACUAAAAGAGAGGGGUUAUACUAUGUGGACGAUGUGCGUGAAGGAAGCAAAGAGCCAUCGGCUACUUAUCCUGAUAGUUUUAAUAAAAGAUUUGUUCCGUUUUCUUUGAAUGGAGUUGCAGAAAGCAAAAGUAGACAAUUGCCGGAGAUUACCGGGGGUAGUUUGAUAAGAGCAUAUAUGAAACCAAAUUUUUGGGAAGAAGCUCUUAUUAACACUGUUUUUCUUCUUAAUCGUGUUCCUACACGAGUUCUGAAGUUUCAGACACCAGUAGAUAAACUUGCGUCAUUUGUGACUCUUCCAUCUAAUCUUACACUUCCACCACGAAUAAUUGGUUGUGUAGCUUAUGUACACAUACAAAAACAUUUACGUUCGAAACUUGAUCCUCGUGCUCUUAAAUGUGUCUUUGUUGGAUACAAUCAAUUUCAAAAGGGAUACAAAUGUUAUCAUCCUCCAACAAGAAGAACGUAUGUCACCAUGGAUAUGACUUUCUCUGAACAUGAGAUGUAUUUUGCUUCCGCUGAAUUUAAUACUUCUCACUUGGGAGAGAGUGUAAAAGGAGAUGUUAAUUGA